AUGGAUGGCACCUUGCUUUCGAGCCCGCGCGCGUGCGCCCCGGCGUCCCGGCGGCGAGCGGCGGAGCGUCCUGUCCCGCGCCCCGACGAAGCGGGCUGCGCGGGUCUGUCCCGCACGAGGGCGGCCGGCUGUGGGACGGUGCAGUCUAAUGCUUUAUUGUAUAUGAUCAGUGAUAUAGCAGUCCUUGCGAAAAUCGAGAUCAUCCGAGCAUCAGAUGGUGCCAUGGUAGCCAGAGGGGAUAUGGGGAUGGGGGCACAGGUUCCCUUGGAGCAGGUCCCCUCAAUACAACAAAAGCAAUGGGGAGAUAUCCAGAGAAGGCUCUUAGUGUUCUUAGGAGUGUUAGCCUCAGGAUUGAGAAGUGGUGGCGGGAGGAGAAGCGCCAUGAGACACUGGAACUUCAAGGAGUUUCAUCUUCCUUCUCUGACAAGAUAUCAGAAGAAAUCUGCAAUUCAACAGCUAAAAUGGCUAACGGCUUGGGAGCAGAUGCCGUUUUUUGUUUUCACGAAGACUGGCCACAUGGCCUCCCUGCUCUCACGAUGCCGUCCUGAUUGUCCUGUUUUCGGCUUCACAACCUCAACGUCCGUCAGGAGACGGCUGAACCUCCAGUGGGCACUCAUCCCCUUCCGCCUCAGCUUCUCCAACGACAUGGAGAGCAACCUGAACCGCACCUUCUCCCUGCUCAAGGCCAGGGGCAUGAUCCAGUCAGGGGACCUGGUGAUUGCUCUCUCCGACAUGCUGCAGUCCAUCCAGGUGAUGAACGUACCCUGAGAAAGAGCCAUUCAUCUCCGUGUCAUGUGAUCCUCUAUGAGAUGAUCAGAUGCGAUGGAGCACGUACUUUCGGUACCUUGAACUUGAAGGACAGUUCCGUGCACUGAAAUUGUUCACUUGUCUCAUGUAUUAUAUGCUAGGCAACACCAGAGAACUGUGGCAAUAAUUUGCGGCUUUCUGCCUGUUGUGAAACUGUUGUGUUACUACUUAGGCUUUAGUCUGACCUUGGGGUCACUUUUUAAUGUGGAAGCUUGAGUCUCGCUGUGGGCCGUGAUGGGCUUAUCCAUCGCAUUGUGUUAGUUUAACUGAAUCUCACGCUCUUGCUGAUAGAAGAAUCACUAGUUGUGUUUCCAGCUACAA